AUGGCUGUGGACGAAGAACAACCCCGGCUAGCUGCCAACGGCUCUCACAACUCGGAGACGACGCCUUUGCUCAAUGGUAGUGUCAAUGGCAACGCCACAACUACGAGUAACACACCCGCCGCCAAUGAUGAAGAGACGACCGUCAUUGCCGAGACCAUCUCCGGCGGCCGCCUGGCCUUGAUCUUGGGAACCUCGUACUUUGGCGUCUUUCUUGGCGCAAUUGAUAGCACAAUCAUUGCAACUCUUUCCGGCCCCAUCUCCAGCGAGUUCAAGUCUCUCAGUCUGCUAAGCUGGCUUGCAACCGCCUAUCUCAUCUCCAAUGCCGCCUGCCAGCCCAUAUCCGGCCGGCUGACCGACAUCUUCGGCCGCGGCCCCGGUCUCGUCUUUUCCAACGUCGUCUUCGCCGUCGGCAACCUCAUCUGCGGCCUCGCCCAGACCCAAUCCGUCAUCAUCUUCGGCCGCGUCGUCGCUGGCAUCGGCGGCGGCGGACUCAUGUCCAUCUCCACCUUCCUCGGCUCUGACCUCGUCCCCCUGCGGAAACGCGGCAUCAUCCAGGGCAUCGGUAACAUCGCCUACGGCUCCGGCGCCAUGCUCGGCGGCGUCUUUGGCGGUCUAAUCAACGACCACACCGCCUGGGGCUGGCGCCUCGCUUUCCUGGUCCAGGUGCCGCCCAUCCUGCUCUCCGCCGUCCUCGUUGCCGUCCUCGUCAAGGUUCCGCCCAAGGCCUCCGACAAAUCCUACCUCGCACGCAUCGACUUCACCGGCGUCUUCCUGACCAUAUCCUUCCUCGUGCUCCUGCUCCUCGGCCUCAACGCCGGCGGUAACCUCGUCCCCUGGGUCCACCCCCUGCCCCUGACCACCAUCCCCCUCUCCUUCGUCGCCUUCGGCGCCUUCCUCUACUGGGAGAGCAGGGUCAAGCAGCCCAUCAUCCCCGUCCGCCUGCUCGCGAACCGCACCAUCCUCUCCGCGUGCCUGACGAACCUGCUUUGCACCAUGGUCAUGAUGAUGUCCGUCUUUUACGUGCCGCUGUAUCUCCAGGUCAACGGGCUGUCGGCCACCGACGCCGGCCUGCGCAUCCUGACCUCCCCGCUCGGCGUGUCCUUCAUGUCCAUCGGCGCCGGCUACGUCAUGAAGAAGACGGGAAAAUACGUCAUCCCGGGUAUCUGCGCCCUCGUCAUGUUCAACAUCGGAAUCAUCAUCCUCACGCAGUUCGGCAAGGAUACGCCCGCCUGGAUCAUCUACAUUGUCUUCUUCCUCGUGGGCGGUGGCUACGGAGCAAUGCUGACCAUCACCCUGCUCGGCUGCAUCUCUGCGGUCGAACACUCCCAACAAGCCGUGGUCACAUCGUCGACGUACCUAGCCCGAAGCCUCGGCGGCACGGUCGGCAUCACAAUCGGAUCCGCCGUCUACCAGAACGUGCUCAAGAGCCGCCUCUGGGACCGAUUCGGCGACUACCCCAACGCAGCCGAGAUUAUCGGGCGCGUCAGGGACGACCUCGACGAACUGAAGCACCUGCCCCCCGGGUGGAAGACGGGCGUCAUCGACUCGUUCAUGGAAGCCUUCCGGAGCGUCUGGUUUACCAUGCUCGGCAUGUCUAUUCUCGCUCUCAUCUUCAUUUCGUUGAUGAGGCAGCACGUGUUGCACUCGAACCUGGAAAGACGGUGA